CAACUUAAUACUCAUAGCCAUUCUUCCCCUUGGAUUUAGCUGCUCGAGUACGAGGAACAACAACAUGAUUUACCUCACAGUUCUAUAUUUGAUACUUAGCCUUGUGCUACUCGUAAUGGCAAUAAUUGUCCACGUCCGCAGUUCAAAUCUCUCACUCGCGAUCUCGCCAACUCUGUCAAUUCUUACAGUGGUUCUCCCGGUUCUAGGGUUUCUUAACACAGCUUUCUAUCCUAGUAUUCGCCGUACUACUAAGUCGUCUUCUAGCGGCGUAGCUAAGCUUGCUCCUUUGAUUGUCCAGGUCCUUCAAGCUCUUAUCACCACUAUCCUGGCAACACUACUUCUAGAGCGCGCAGUGCCGUCGGAGAUGAUGGGAUGCAUGCUCGAUAAGAAGUGGAUGGGUAUGUUUCGUGCUCAUGAUGCACGAAGUAUACGAUAUAUUCAGGAUGCGUUUGACUGCUGUGGUCUGAACUCAAUCCGAGACCGAGCCUAUCCUUUUCCAAAUACAGCGCCCAGCAACUGUGCUGAAACAUAUGGAAGAAGAAGUCCCUGUCGUGAGCCUUGGUCAGGAGCCUUACAGAAACUGUCAUUGUUGGACCUCUCUGUCGUCCUCGUCGUCGGGCUAAUCCAGAUACUCGGACUCCUCCUAACCAAAAAGGAUUCCAGCUGGUUGAGUAACUGGCGAAACCAUGACCGUGGACAAUCAGAACAACAUCGCGAUGGCCGCCGCCCUUUACUGAUCGACAGGGAGAGGGAUGUCAUCGAGGAAGAAGAGACUGCCCCUGAGCGUCCAGAGAGAUCAUCACCGGGUUACGGGAGUGUACAUGAGAAUGAAUCGGGUCCCAGAGUCGUGCCAUCGGCCGUUAUCGAACGGAACAACUGGACCGAGGAUUAAGUUUACGGCAUGAAAGUACAACCGAAUUCGAGGGCCAAAAUAUGAAGCGUCAAUGAAGGGCACGAGUUAAAUGGGUAGACGCCUGGCUUCUGGCUUGCUGCCGACUGUGAUUAGGGGUGUGUAGCGUCGUAAUAUAUAUCCUUUGACAGCCUGCCUAUCUGUCAUCAAGGCCCAUGUAGC